CUUUCUGGGAAACUUCUACUUAAAGUGUAGCUCACUUAUCCAAAAUAAUCUUAAUCAUUGUUUCAGACUUAAUCAAAACCCCUUGUUUUGGGUUUUACAUUGGAAAGUUCAAUAUUUAUAAAUGUAAAUAAAUGUAAAUCCCUUUUUAGCAUAUUCAAACAAGAAGUAUUGGAGUGAUGUUAAAGCUCCUAGAAUUUGUGCUUAUUGCUUUGUAUUUAAUAGGACAGUUUUUUUAGAUUAUUAAGAGCCACUUGGGCAGAGCUGAGCUCCAGCUCCUCCUUCCUCGCACUUCUUCUACAUGUGAUGUCACUGGGGUUGACACAUCCUCCCCUCGGUGGAGCUCAAGUGGCUCUGCAGUGAGCAGUGCCUUGCAACUUUAAACCUCGAAGUGUCCAGCUGUCUGGCUUGACAGCUCCGUUUUUUUUUUAACUCCACCCCCACCUGCGCUUGGCUAAUAUCAUUGAUCACCGGCUGCAGCUGUGCUUCAUGUCGAACGCACCUAAAGAUAGGUGCCACCUAUGGGUCAAGAGUUAUAAGACAUUCAUUAGUCACUAUCAAUGAAACGUACAAAUUUGGUAAAAACUUUUUCCUGCAUAUGCUUUUUUGAUGAAAUCGGACUCAAAUUGUUCCAUGCCGAGUACACAGAUACCAAUUAUGUCAUAAUCUGCCACACCUCUCCGCCAUUUUGAUUUUGUUCAAACCAUUCAUUUUUUUUUACUCCUAAACUGUUGGUCCAAUAUCUUUACCAAAUUUGACUCGGAUCAUCUUCAGACCAUGUAGACCAAAAGUUAUGGCAUUCAUGUUGAAAGACCAAACUGUUAUCAUUUUGCACAUGCACAAACUUAAUGUAAUGUCGCCAGAUGACAGGUUCAAUCGCUGCAAUAGUUUGAAGCAUUGAACCCAAACUUAAAGUGUGUGAUCUAGACCUGAUAUUGACAAAGCUACAUCAGUUUGCGCCACCUUCUGGGUAAAAUUCACAACCAAUUGAAUUCUAUCAAUAGAAAUCUUACAAAAUUUACCAAAUUACUUUUGAAUAGUUUUGUCUUUUGUCAUGAGACUGGUCUUGCAGAUUCCUUGUAUCAUUGAUAUGUGAACAUUGAUGUAAUUUAUUCUUUAAUUUACACAACUUCCUUUCCACCAUCUCGAUUUAGUUGGAAAAUCUGUUGUAUUUAACUCCCCAUAGAUCAUUAGCCCAAUUUCCAAGUUUAACUCAGACAAUGCUGCCAUAUAGAAUUUUCCAGUUGCUCUUUUGGCUUGAUGCCGUGCUUGUUUAUGAUGUGGCUGCUUGGCCCCGAUAAUUGCUGCUUGCAGCUAUAUUUGUAAAUGUGUUUGUUUUCUGUCUGUUGACUCAACUGAUGAAGACACAGACAGACGUGCAGCAGAUGAUCCAAGACAGAAUCAAGAAGAUUCAAGAUGUCAAACUCUCAGCAGUUGUCAGAAAAAUGAACUCAGAGAAGGGGAAAGAUCUGAUCGGCUGCAUUGAGAGAUGUCAGACUGAACUGCUGGAGACGGAGGAGCAGCAGAAAGCAGCAGAGAAACAGGAGGAAGAGCUGAUUAAAGAGCUGGAGCAGGAGAUCACUGAGCUGAAGAUGAGAAACACUGAGCUGGAGCAGCUCUCACACACUGAAGAUCACCUCCACCUCCUACAGAUUUACUCAUCCCUGCAGUACAGACCUGCAGACACCAGGAACUGGAAUGAAAUCAGUCUGAAGAUUCGGGAGAUUUUGUACAGUAUGAGAAGAGUUUUCAGUCAGUUAAAGGACACCAUAGAGGAGAAACUCAGUCAAACUGAGCUGAAGUGGAUGCAGCACUAUGCAGUGGAUGUGACUCUGGAUCCUGAUACAGCUCAUCCUGAACUCAUCCUGUCUGAUGAUGGAAAACAAGUGAGAGAUGGAGACAUUAUACAGAAACUCCCAAACAAUCCACAGAGAUUUGAUUACUCUGUCUCUGUUCUGGGAAAGGAGGGAUUCUCCUCAGGGAGGUUUUAUUAUGAGGUGCAGGUGAAGGGAAAGAUUGAAUGGGAAUUAGGAGUGGCCAGAGAAUCUGUAGGCAGGAAGGGAACGUACACACUCAAUCCUAGUAAUGGACACUGGACUGUGGUUCUGAGGAAUGGGAAUGAAUAUAGAGCCUGUACUGGUCCCUCUGUCUCUCUGUCUCUGAAAGUGAAGCCGCAGCGGGUCGGUGUGUUUGUGGAUUAUGAGGAGGGUUUGGUCUCCUUUUAUGAUGUGGAGUCCAGCUCUCAUAUUUACUCUUAUACUGGUCAGACUUUCACUGAUAAACUCUACCCAUAUUUCAGCCCAGAAGAUAAUGAUGACGGUAAAAACUCAGCUCCUCUGAUCAUCACACCUGUCAAUUACAAUAAAUAAAUUUUCACCAUUAGUGAAACUUGAUAAAAAAACUCAUUUAUAUAAUUAAUGUUUAAAAAAAAAUAUUUUUUAUAUUUUGUUCCAGUCUGUUGUAUUUAGCUGCAUAUUUUAAAUCCACAUGCAAUGUAAUUUUCUUUCUCAUCUACCAGAGAAAACCAUGUAAAUAUUAAAAUAUGGCUUAAACUGGAGUAAUUACAGAAUCUAAAUAAACACACAUUGAUUCAUACAAA